GGAAACAUGGCGGCGGGUGGUUCUACACUGAGGGAAAGCUUCAUCCAUACUGGAACAUUAAAGCAGGACAGACGGAGUGCCAAAAUGGCUUUGAAAUCGUCAGAAGGAUUCGUAAACAACCUGGUAUUAGUUUUAUCUGCGGCUUUGCUGUUGCAAGUGGUUAGUGGAGAUGGAAAGACUCUGGUUCUUCUGGACAACCCGAAUAUCAGGGACACCCAUUCAAUCUUCUUCCGCAGCCUGGCCGAUCGUGGUUUCGACCUCACAUUUAAGACUGCUGAUGAUCCCAGUCUCUCACUGAUCAAGUAUGGACAGUUCGUGUAUGACCAUCUCAUCAUUUUUGCCCCAUCUGUGGAAGAUUUUGGAGGAAACAUCAAUUUAGAGACCAUCACAACAUUUAUUGAUGGUGGUGGGAAUGUUCUUAUUGCUGCCAGCUCAGAUAUUGGUGACCCGAUCCGAGAGUUGGGUAGUGAAUGUGGCAUUGAGUUUGAUGAGGAGAAGACUGCUGUCAUUGAUCAUCAUAAUUAUGACGCAUCUGAUCCUGGUGAGCACACCCUGAUUGUUGCAGACCCAGAAAAUCUACUCAAAGCUCCUACUAUUGUUGGCAAGCCCACCGAUAAGCCCAUUGAUAAGCCCAUUCUCUUCAAAGGUGUUGGCAUGGUGGCAGAUCCUGAUAAUCCUCUGGUGCUGGACAUCCUCACAGGCGCCUCCACUUCUUACUCCUACUUCCCUGAUCGUCCUAUUACCCAGUACCCUCAUGCUGUUGGAAAAAACACCCUCCUGAUUGCUGGACUACAGGCAAGAAACAAUGCUCGUGUGGUGUUCAGUGGCUCGCUGGAUUUUUUCUCUGAUGCCUUCUUCAACUCUGCAGUGCAGAAAGCCACUCCUGGAUCACAGAGGUAUCCACAGACUGGCAAUCAGGAGCUGGCUGAGGCCCUGUCCCGCUGGGUGUUCAAAGAGUCAGGCGUCCUGCGGGUCAGUGCUGUAACACAUCACCCUGUGGGAGAAAGCACACCGCCUGCUGCUUAUACAAUUACUGACCUGGUUGAAUACAGCAUUGUGAUUGAGAUGCUGUCAGAGGGACGCUGGAUACCGUUCGAUGGGGAUGACAUUCAGCUAGAGUUUGUCAGAAUUGACCCCUUUGUUAGGACAUAUCUGAAGAAAAAGGGUGGUAAAUACAGUGUCCAGUUUAAGUUGCCAGAUGUUUACGGAGUGUUCCAGUUUAAAGUCGAUUACAACAGAUUGGGCUACACACACCUUUACUCCUCCACACAGGUGUCUGUGCGCCCACUGCAGCACACCCAGUAUGAGCGCUUCAUUCCCUCUGCUUACCCAUACUACGCUAGUGUUUUCUCCAUGAUGGGUGGACUGUUCAUCUUUAGCAUCGUCUUCCUCCACAUGAAAGAAAAGGAGAAGUCAGAUUAAAUAGAGGACAAUAUUGUUUAAUAUUAGACGAGACUGAGUUCAUCCAGUCUUUCUGAAGGUCAUUGGUUGAGGGCUACUUGUGCUGUUGUAGGCUUUUCCUCAUGACUCAGACCGGCCACUACAUUUACAGAGCGUUUGUUUCAUUCUGGGUUUAAAUGCUUUUUGUGGGAGUUUUUUUAUACAAGUAAUUUUCAGGUGGGUUCUUCAUUUUAUUUAAAUAAUCUAGAAGGACCCUCAAUCUAAACAUAAAUGCAGUUUUGAUUCGACCCCAUGACUAAAUGCACUGAUUUUUUUGUUCACGAGUUUAAAUUUGUAAUAAAUAUGUUCAAAGUCUGUAAAAAAGAAAGAAAUAAACAUUAAGGUUUAUUAAUGUCCACA